GAAUUUAGGAGGAUUAACAUGCAUUUUGUGGAGGGUUGUUGGAUUGACCUCCGGACUAAUCUAAUGAUGUUUGUUUGUGCAUGUGUGCGUCUCAGGUGAAGCAUAUCUUUGAGGACCCUCCCUGCAAGUGUCCCAAUAAGUUCUGUGUGGAGAGACAGGCUCAGGGCCGCUAUCGCGUCGGAGAGAAGAUGCUCUUCAUCCGGAUGCUACACAACAAGCAUGUGAUGGUGCGUGUGGGAGGAGGCUGGGAGACCUUUGAGAGCUACCUGUUGAAACACGACCCAUGUCGGAUGCUCCAGAUCUCCAGAGUGGAGGGGAAGACCUUUCCCAUGUCCCCCAAGUCACCCAACACCAAGGACCUCACCCCAGACAGCUACUUGGUGGUGGCCGCACACUACCGCAGCAAGAAGUAAAGAUGGCCGCCUACUAACACAACAAGAAGUAAAGAUGGCCGCCUACUACCGCAGCAAGAAGUAAAGAUGGCCGCCUACUACCACAACAAGAAGUAAAGAUGGCCGCCAACUACCACAACAAGAAGUAAAGAUGGCCGCACACUACCGCAGC